CCAAAGCCUGGAGACGCAUCACGACACGCACACACACUCUCUGCGACGACACCCGCGGCGACUCAGCCCGAGCGGGGGAGGCCACGCGGAGGCCAGCCCCCCUUCUUCCCCCCCGCCAACCCCCCAGAUGAGGAAGAGGAGGCUGUACAGCGCCGUGCCAGGACGCACCUUCAUCGCCACCCGGUCCCACGUCCCUCAGGGGCCCGGGGAGAUCCAGCUGCACCGAGGGGAGAGGGUCAAAGUUCUGUCCAUAGGGGAAGGAGGAUUCUGGGAGGGGAGCGUGAAGGGACGGACCGGCUGGUUUCCUGCCGAGUGCGUGGAGGAAGUCCAGAUGAGACAGUACGACCCCCGGCUGGAGACGAGGGAGGACCGCACCAAGAGACUCUUCAGACAUUACACCGUAGGAUCCUACGACAACUACACCUCCUACAGCGACUACGUGAUCGAGGAGAAGACGGCCGUGCUGCAGAAGAGGGAAAGCGAAGGAUUCGGCUUCGUCCUCAGAGGAGCUAAAGCCGAGACCCCCAUUGAGGAGUUUGCCCCCACGCCGGCAUUCCCUGCCUUGCAGUACCUGGAGUCGGUGGACCAGGGGGGCGUGGCUUGGAGAGCGGGGCUACGGACCGGGGACUUCCUCAUAGAGGUGAACGGCGCCGACGUGGUGAAGGUGGGGCACCGUCAGGUGGUCUCUCUGAUCCGACAGGGGGGGAGUCGACUGCUGAUGAAGGUCGUUUCGGUUUCCAGGAAAUCUGAAACUAACCUGGUCCGGAAGAAAGCUCCGCCCCCUCCGAAGCGAGCCCCCAGCACCUCGCUGACGCUCCGAUCCAAGUCAAUGACCGCUGACCUGGAGGACAUAGCCAGGAGGAGGCGCUUCGACAAGCUGGACGAGAUGUUGGCCGGAGGUCAGCAGGAAGUCGUCCUGAGGGGCCGACCGUCGGACGACUUUAGGGCGGCGACGGUGAAGCAGAGGCCGACGAGCCGCCGCAUCACGCAAGCCGAGAUUAACUCGUUGUUUGAGCGGCAGGGUCUCGUGCCGCCGUCGGCGCCUCAGAAAAGCACCAUGGCUUUACCUCGAGGGAUGUCCAGAACCAAGAGCUUUGGCACGCCCGAGGACGACAGGAUCUCAGCUCUGAUCAAUGAAAGUCGGUUCCCGCGAAGCUCCUCGCUGACGGACAGCUUCAUCCCUCCUCCUCCUCAACAGGCUCCGCCCCCUCCUCCUUCAGCCUCCUCCUCCUCCACUUCGCCGCUCUUCCUCCUCGACUCCGGCCCUCCUCCCUCCUUCCUCCCGCCCCCUCCCCCGGCCAGAGGGGAGGGGCUGACCCGCUCCAGCUUCAAGCCGGGGGCAGAGCCCAGGCUCCAGGAGCUCUGCGAUUCGCCAACGCGGAGCCACGCCCACGCCGAGCGUCAGAGGAAGGCGAGGUCGAUGAUCAUCUUGCAGGACACGCCGCCGCAGCUGCAGGCCGACGCCCACGCCGCCGCGCACGCACUGCACACCGCCACGCAUCACACCCCUACGCACACCUCCACGCACACGCAUCACACCCCUACGCACACGGCUACGCACGCCACCACCACCACCACCCAUCACACCCCCACGCACACCUCCACGCUGUCUCUGCACAGCACCAGCCCCGCCCUCGGCCAUUCGCCACUUUCACGCCGACGAGGACGACCAAUAGAAAACCCGUACGCCAACGUGGGACAGCAAGCUCCGCCCUCCAAGCCCCAGAGGAGGAAGUCGCCUUUGUUAAAACAACUUCCUGUUGAGGAGCAGGGACUUAGAGACCUGGACUUGCUGAAGGUGGAUGGAGGUGGACACGGCAGCCCGAGUCGGGCGGAGCUCUACCAGCAGCAGGUCCUGUCGGAACGCGCUCGCGUUCAGGGUCGCAGGUCGUCUCUCUUCCUGUCGGUGGAGGGGUCCGGGUCGGAGAACCAGGUGCCACCCCUGCUGACCCUCAGCCAUUCCAUGGACGACCUCGGCGAGCUUCCUCCGCCGGCUCCGGUCCUGUCGCCCUCGCCGACGCCCCACACCUUCCUCCACCCGCUGACCGGGAAACCUCUGGACCCCUCAUCUCCACUCGCCCUGGCACUUGCUGCACGCGAACGAGCGCUCACUGCCCGAACGCCGAGCCCAGAGCCCAGAUUAAAACACGUCUCUGCCUCCACCACACCCGUCCCGACCCCCGCCGCCAGCCCCGAGGGGAGACACAAGCGCACCCCUAUCACCACCCCGCAGAGCAGCCCCGAGCCCCGGUCCAAACGCACCACCCCGCAGACGAGCCCCGAGCAACGCGCCAAGCGCACCACUCCGCAGACCAGUCCUGAGCUCAGGCACAAACGCAUGACCCCGCCUUUGUUCCCUGACGGACAGGUGGAGCGCCCGGAAACUGAGGGAGGAGUGACAUCACCUGCCGCCCCCUCCCCUGAGCGCUGGAGGCCCACCCCAUUGCCUCCGCUGGCCAACGAGAGUCACCCUGCUCUGAUUGACAGGCGCAGAAGCCUCACAGUGGGCAGCUCAGAGGAAGAGGGCGGGGCUUACACAGUGACCCUCCCACCAGCGCUUUUGUCGUCCAGUGACGAAGAAACUAGGGAGGAGCUUCGCAGAAUCGGCCUGGUGACCCCACCCGCUGCCUUCGCCAGUCCUCCCGCUCUGCCUCCCCCGUCCUCCCUCAGCCUGUUGCCACGGCGAGUUGGGGAGGGGGGAGGCGAGAGUGGUGCUGAAUCCACGGGUAGACGAGGAGAUGAGGAGGAAGGAAGUGACGAACGACACCACGACAGCUCCUCCCCCAGCUCCCUCCCUCCCUCCAUCACCCUGGCUUCCCCUGCGGAUCCCUCCUCCCCACAGGUCGCUCACCCUUCCCCGUCCUCCCCUUCCACCUCCCCCAUCGGUCUCAAGCCCCGCCUGCGCUCACCUAUAGGUCGAGGCCGCUCCGCGCUCCGUGACCCGCUGCUGAAGCAGUCGUCGGACAGCGAGCUCCUCCCGUCGGCCGUGUCCGCCUCCUCCCCCACCUCCCCGCUAUGCUCCUCCCCUACCGGCGGCGGUGGACGACAGCCGCGUUACCUGUUCCAGAGGAGGUCGAAGCUGUGGGGGGGCGGGGACGACCGCGAGGAGCGGCGGGGCUUUGGCCCGGACGAAGGCGGGCGUCCGGCUGCGCUGGGAGGUCAAGUGUCGGCGUCCGCCGCGGACCUCAGCAACCGGUCGGCGUCAGCGCUGGAGCUGAGCGGCAGGGCGGGCUCUGGACUGGAUCUGGCCAAUCGGCUGCAGCUGCUAAAUAAAGACAGUCACUCACUCGGAGAGGAGCCAAGUCCCCUUGAUCCGGGCCGGAGGUCCCCAGUAGGAGGUGCAAGAUGUGCGGACAGUGAAGGCAGUGAAUCGUUGUUCUCCAGUCUGGGCGAACUCCACACCAUCUCCCAGAGGGGAUACGGCGCCAGCUACACGGUCCGACCGGGGAGCCGCUACCCCGUGACCCGCCGGAGCCCCUCCCCCUCCCCGUCCGACAGGUCGAUAGGCCACGCCUCCUCCACCGCCCCCUGCUCCGAGAGACCCGACCUUAGCUCGGGCCGCGGCCUCACUAUUCUGAAGUCGUCCAGCCUCAGCCUCCCCUCGGAGCCCAAGGAGGUUCGCUUUGUCAUGCGCAGCGCCAGCGCGCGGACCAGGUCCCGCUCGCCCUCGCCCUCGCCGCACGCCUCGCCCUGCCCGUCCCCAGUGCUGAGCGGGCCCCUGCUGGCCCUACGGCCGUGGAGGCAGCGGCCCCUCAGCCUGUGGAAUAAGUACGAUGUGGGCGACUGGCUGGAGAGCGUGGGCCUGGCCGAGCACCGCCAACGCUUCCAGGAGCACGAGAUCGAGGGCUCCCACCUGCCCGCCCUCACCAAGGAGGACUACGUGGAGCUGGGCGUCACCAGACUGGGGCACCGGAUCAACAUCGAGAGGGCCCUCAGGCAGUUGCUGGAUGGUUCCACUUGACAUCUAACCUCCGACCACUGACCUCUAGACAUCCCGAACUGCGACCUCAUAAGGCCUCUGGUCAUGUCAUCUCUCUGACUAGAAUAUCUUAGCAGUGACUGAGACCGUUUUACCAACGUGGACUUCAGCUCUUUGACUCAUCAGCUCUUUCAUCAACCCCAAGUGGACUGGAAGCCCCAAUCUCUUACUUCAUAUCUCGAUUCAGUUUGACCUCUGGGUCUAGGGCCUCGUGUAUAUUGCGUAAAAGCCCCCAAUUAAAUGCCUCUAUUUUAAAAUCCCCAGUGAGUCAUCCUGGCUGCUCUGAAGUUUUACGUUUUUAGAAUAGCCGUCAUUUCCAAUGUGUAGACGCCCUAACAAUGCGCACCUUGUUGGUCAAAGCUCAAGCGCUUUAGACUUUACCGCCAAGUAAAUCAACCUCCACUGCACAGAAGUUGAAGAGAAGGAAAUUUAAGUUAAAGCUGCGACCAUCCGGGCAAUGUUGUUACGCCACAAAAAGAAACAAAAAUGGGUUAUUGAAAUCCUGACUAAUUAGCUCACUGAGCUAAUCGGGGGUCAUUGAUCAAAGAGCUGAUCCGACAAACUGAUAAAUAUAACGAGAAGGGUUGUUUUUCCUCGCGCCAUUCCGCUUCCCCAGACGAGUUCAGCCGGACAUUAUUUGCGAGCAACAGUCUCCUCCUUACCGAUAACAUCGGGGGAUCAGUGGAGAAUAUUACUCCGUCUUUUUCUUGUGAUUGUCUUUUUUUCUUCCGAAUAUCACCCAUGAAGACAUUUUCUGUUUUAGUUCGCAGAUCAUUUAGAAUUUUACGAGUAACAAGUAAUAAUAACGUGAUGGUGAUGACUUUACAAAGUUUAUAAUAGUAUGGAAAAAACGAUUUUGAGUUCCCUAUGAUUUGACGAUGAGUUCAAUUUCAGAGGUUGUUUCGGUGACCUUUGAAAUCCCUGAUGAUUUGUCAAUGAGUGUGACUUUGUGCUGACGUGCCGUGUGUUUCAGGGAGAGCUGCAGCAGAGCUCCAACUGGUUUCUAACCUGCUUAUUGAGGGCUUACUGUACAUGGUGCUAUCUGUUUAAAGCCAUCUGUACAGAAAAAUACCUUCCCCUCCUUCCUCGCACCAACACAACCACUCUCAGCUUAAACCCCUCUUCCCUUAAAUCUAGUGUUCCUAAAUAGUCCCUCAAGUGUGGCUGUACCUGCCAGGACCAGGCCAUAUAUGGAGUUUCCUCCUUGCCAUAUUAGGGAUUUAUUUCCCUGCCAUAAGUGGAGUUUCCUCCAGAACAUACGUAGGGUUUCCCCGAGUUAAAAGCAGGCCUCAACAGAUGCCUGAUUACGAUGUGUUAGUUUACGAGUGAAAAUGUGGUUCCUCCUAAAUUUGUUGCCAAUUCAAUUUUAAUGCAGAGCUUCGCACAAAGGGUUUAUUCCGGCUCACAAAGCUACACAAAAAGUUAAACUUUACAUUACGGGCGGAAAUCACACCUAAUUUUAUACCACUGCACUGGAAGUAUUCUGCUUCGAUUCAUAUUUUUGGGCUUUAGCCUUUGAAAUCACAAAGAACCUGUAUUACCGGGUUGGUGGAGCAGCAUUCAAAGAGCACCGUGAUGCACAUUUGAACAACAUACCAUAACAAAAAAGAAAAUGAUGAGGUCAAUGGACAUUCAGAGCUUUGUGUGAAAAAACAAUCUCGAUGUAUCGCCAGCCCUAAAAUAAAGAAUUCUAAUCAAGCUUUACGAUUAAAACGUUUUGUAAUGCUACUGCUCUGCUAGCUGACGCACUUUAUACUUAAACCACAUUAUGCAAAAUCUGUGGACACUACUUUUAAACAACCGGUCGCUUCUUUUGCCGUCUUACCAGGAGACCGUUGACCCCUGUCUCUGCGUCCAGGAAAGGCGGGUUUAGUCUAGCUUAGCGCAGAGGUUUUAGCCUAGCUUAGCACACAGACUGGACGCGGCUGAAAUCAGAAGUGAAAAUGCACCUUACCACCGCCAAUUUGUCAGAAUUACAUGUUGUAUCUUGUUAGCUAGCAGCAGUGGAACGUAACUAAGUACAUUUACCGUACUGAGGUACCUUUUAAUCGUUAAAACCCACGUACCUCUAUGUUGUUGCACGCAAUAGAGUUAAAUAUAGUAAAUCAGAGUUCCCUGCAAGUCCCAAAAGGUGUGUUUAUUCACUCACAAGCUCUGUUAAAACAGAUAAUACUCCCCAACUCUUUGUCACAUUGCUAAACCUGAACUAGAUAAACUACCUGACAAGUUCCAGUCCCGCCUCUCAAAGCACAAUCAACGCUCCAGUGCCUGUUUCCACAGCAACAAACCUACUUUAUCAAGGCAGUUAUUCCUGACUGAAGUACCUGCAUUCAAGCUGAAGCCCAAUCACGACUAUCGAGUUGCAAGUUCACGGGUCCCUUUUAUGUGAAAAGGUAUUACCUCACAGAGGUAUAGAAGGUAUAGUCUUUGUACGGCGCAUUACAGUAGACUUUAUAGCCUGUAUAAUAUAUUAUGGUUGAAUAAUGUAGCUAUAGUGUAAUAUAUAAAGUAUAAUAGACAAUAAGAUGUAUACAGUAAUAUUUUAGUAGACCGUAGUCUAUUAGGGCUUUAGUGCGAUAUUCAGCCUUUGUAUUGAGCCACACAUCAGCUGUUAAACCCUCACACUCAGAGAGUAACUUAACUAACUCGUGUGAGGUCAUUAAUGUCGACAGUGACAUCAUCAUAUCAUCAAUUCAUUACCGUAUGUUGCAGGCGUAGUUAUUCCCGUUUGGUCUAAUCUGAGAGAAACAUCCCUCUUUGAUUGUACUUAUGUUAAGCUUUUACCAUUUUACAAGUAUCAAAGUUUAUGAAUAACUAAAACUCUGCCUUUGUUGGUCGGGUGGUUCUUUACUACAGUUUACAACCUCAUUGCUGGAGCUUAAGCCUUUUUAAAAUGUCAUCUGCCCUCAGAUAGGUGUCUCUUGGAACCCCGGUUACUCUCACACCUGACAGCAUCUGGCCGACAAUCGUUGGGUCUCAGGCGGUUUAAAGUUUUUGUAUCUUCUCUGAAUAGAAAUAUAUUAAUGUGACAAUCAAUUUGUACUUCGUAUGAACAAUUGUGAAGAAAAUUACAUGGAACUUUCACAUCACAAACGUUCGGCCAUGCUUGGCCUUUUUUUGGCUAUUUUAUCUUUCAAAGAUCACGUUUCUUUUUAUGCAUUACAAACGGUCCGGGGCAACGGAUAAUUCUUCCUGUGUAUUGGUUGAAUGUGUUGUCAACAACACUCAGACUAAAAACAGAACGCUUCUGGUCCCAAAAAACAGCAGAAUUCUUCAUGUGAAUGAACAAGGAGAAUCUGUUUAAAGACACAUUGUUAAAAUUUGACUUCUUACGUCCAAACAUCGAGAUGUUGAAUAUUUACAAUAAGCGCGUUGAAGCCAGAAAGUGUUAAUACUCUGAAACGAACCCGGUCACGUUGAUAAUAUAUGAUGCGAACAAACUGAGUUCAUUGACUUGGACGAACGCCGAGUUCAUCAGAUCGCAAUUGUCUCCAAAGAGUUGCAAAAAAGUCAAACCUUAAAAACGUGCAGACUCGUCGAUGUCCCGAUGCCUUCACCCGCCCACGAUGUUCGCUAACGUGACCUUCAACGCCAGUAAAAAGAGAACGUAGCUGUUUACGCUCAGUGGCUAUCACAUAUAAACCUUAUGUAGUAUAUAUUGUAACGGACUGUGGUCUACUGUGCACAGUCCUCCACCAAAUGUCAAGGUGUGACAGGGAGUCAGCGAUGGAGAGGUCAUGUGACCUCAGCUUCCAUUAUACCCCGAGCAGACAGACAAGCUUGUUUGCUUAUCGAAGGAUUUCUCAGCCAAUCAGAAACCAGCAAAACCUGCCGCGAGUAAAUCGGAAGCGCGUUCCUCCGCUGGAAAAAGUAGUUCCUUUCUUAGAUACUAAUAGUUAACAUCAUUAACAUCAUUCGACAUUAAGAAACAACAUAAACGGAUCCCUUGUAAUUCCCACAUUUGAAGUGAUAUAAGCAUCUAACAGUGAAAACAUUUACAUGCACAUUAAUAUUCCACUAUUAUUACAAAAAUGUGCUGAAACAGCACAGUCUGUUAGGAUACUCUGAAUUAAUACGUGUCAUAUGUUGAUAUUAAUUGUAGGACGUAAGAUAUGGAGGGAUAUUUAUUUUCAUGAGCCACGUAUUAUAAUUUCUGGCACAAAAGAAAAUUUCUGUGCACGUAAACGUAGUCAUUGACAGCAGCCACUCUGUAUCACUUUUUUAUGCUUAAAAUAUAUUUUCUUUCUUUAGUCGGAAGAUUAACAAAAAGCUGUAUUAAAAUAGGUUGUGUCUCGUUUUCAAACAUCUACUUUUAGCCUCCUGAAACGGCCCCAAAAAAUACAGCUCACAACCAAAAUGGCCGCCGCCACCAUCUGAUGUUGUUUACCAUGGCGACGCCUCGGCUUCCUGCUGAUUGGCUGAGAAUCCUGGCUUUCUUACCUGCAAGUGAAACCUUCCUCCUCCUGAUAUUCACCUAGUUAUAAUGGUUUAAUGGUUACCCUCCUCCUCCUCCUCCUCCUCCUCUCUAGCUUCCUCUUUUUACAGUAUGUUUGUAGUUUCUUCUGGAGUGAGUGGUGUGUGUGCACUUGUAGUUUAUUUUCUUCCCUUUUCUAAAAACGAAGAGCACACAAACGACAACUGAUGGGCUCUGCAACGCAACAGAUUGUAAUCUUUAUAAUAAACUGUCAUUUAUUACAAAGUUAA